AUGGCUCGUACUAAGCAGACCGCCCGUAAGUCCACUGGAGGAAAGGCUCCCAGGAAGCAGCUAGCCACCAAGGCUGCCCGUAAGUCUGCUCCCACCACUGGAGGAGUGAAGAAGCCUCACCGUUACCGCCCUGGAACUGUUGCUCUUCGUGAGAUCCGCAAGUACCAAAAGAGCACGGAGCUGCUCAUCAGGAAGCUUCCAUUCCAGAGGCUUGUUAGGGAGAUUGCCCAGGACUUCAAGACUGACCUCCGCUUCCAGAGCCAUGCGGUGCUGGCCCUUCAGGAGGCUGCAGAGGCCUACCUGGUCGGUCUCUUCGAGGAUCCGUGGCGAGAGGGCUUAAGGUGCUGUGCUUGCCUUGCCUGUGGGAAUCGCUCUGGUGGGCAUCUGUGUCUGCUUUUGCUGCUGAACACUUAUCAUGUGUCGUGA